CUGGAAGUUCAGGCACCUCCAGGAACACCAGUUGGUUACGUUGUCCAGACCUGGCAUCCCUGCCUGCCAAAGUUUACCAUUCAGGAUGAGAAAAGAAUGGAUGUACUGAAAAUUACUGGCCCAUGUGUUGUCUGCAGCUGUUGUGAGGACAUUAAUUUUGAGGUGAAGUCUCUGGAUGAGAGUGCUACUGUUGGGAGGAUUUGUAAGCAGUGGACUGGGUUUGUGAAAGAAGCCUUCACGGAUGCAGAUAAUUUUGGGAUCACAUUCCCAAUAGACCUUGAUGUGAAAAUGAAAGCUGUCAUGAUCGGCGCGUGCUUCCUUAUC